AUGGGCUUAGUUUCUCAAGCCGUUAAUAAUGGAGGAGGACACGUUCUUGGAAUCAUACCAAUACCGCUUGACGUGUUUGGCUUCAUAUCACAUUAUCAAUUAGCUGGAAACACCCUGGAAAGGGGCUCCAUUAUCCGGGCUUCAGUUCUUGAUGUUUCCAAGAUUGAGCGCCUUGUGGAUUUAUCUUUAAAACUAGAGUUUAUUGAUAAAUCAAAAGGAGAGAGAUCUACUGUGCUUACUCACAAAAAGGUUCUAGAUGGUUCUGUGCUCUUAAGAUUGUGGAUUCUGAAGCCCAGCUUCCCUUUCCCUUGUGUUUACAUUUCUGGAUCUCAAAUGCUCAAUGGAUCUUCUGGCCGUGGUACAUGGUUGAGCUGGGGCAAAGCUCUUCGAGACGAGCCACUGGAACACCAAUAA